CCCUUUUCAUCCUCCUCUUUGCUGCUUUUUAACACGAUUGUCUGGCCCAGAUAAAUCGAGUGUCGGGUUAAAAUAAUUUCUGGAAAGAAGAAGAAGAUGGAGCAGCAUAAGGGGACUGUUUUGGUCAAAGAUAUCUCUGUACGCAAGAAAAGAGAAGUUAGAGAAUGGAAUCUGAAGAUCAUAACCACAAUAGUAUUCUUCUUGUCAAUGGCAUCCUUGGUAAUCGUUCUUCGACUCGAUGACGAUCACGUUAAGAAAUUCUUGGUGUCUGAAGAACUUUAUUUCCAUGAGCUGCCAGCAUCAUCUGUCUGUUCAAACAGAAGUAUCAAUCUGGAAGAUUUGAUAGCUCCCAAGGUGCUGCAUUGGAAGAGCGAUGAGGAACUAUUAUGCCUAGCGUCAAUGGUGCCUGGUAUCUCUGAGUCCCCUUACAAUUACACACCUAAGGUGGCUUUCAUGUUCUUAAGCAAGGGAAGAUUGCCAUUGGCACCACUAUGGGAGAUGUUCUUCAAGGGACAUGAAGGUCUCUACUCAAUCUACCUUCAUACAUCGCCAGAAUUCCCUGAAGAGCCUCCGGAAUCCUCUGUAUUUCACAAGCGUAGGAUUCCAAGCAAGGCAGUUCAAUGGGGAAAGGUAACGAUGAUCAACGCUGAAAGGAGGUUAUUAGCCAACGCCUUGCUUGACUUCUCCAAUGAAAGAUUUGUUUUACUAUCUGAGACAUGCAUUCCUCUGUUCAACUUCACUACAAUCUACAACUAUCUAAUCAAAUCUAACCUCAGCUUCGUCCGCGCAUUUGACGAUCCAAGACACAUGGGUCGUGGCAGAUACAGUAAGCGAAUGUUUCCAACCGUGUCAUUAUCCGAUUGGCGUAAGGGCAACCAGUGGUUUGAAAUCCACCGAAAGAUCGCCAUUGAAGUAGUAUCAGAUGUGAGAUUCUACCCUGUGUUCAAAGACCAUUGCAAGGGUCCAUGUCAUUGCAAGGUUCAUUGCAAGGCUCCAUGUUACAUGGAUGAGCAUUACUUGCCAACUCUUGUGACCAAACUAUAUCCUGCAAUGAACUCUAAUAGAAGUAUUACUUGGGUGGAUUGGUCUAGGGGAGGCUUACAUCCAACCAAGUUCGUGAGAAAAGAUGUUUCAGAAAAAUUUCUGAACAGAAUUAGGUAUGGUUAUAAUUGUACAUAUAAUGGUGGGUUGAGCAGUGUUUGCUACCUUUUUGCAAGGAAAUUUCAUCCCAGUACACUCGAGCCUCUCCUAAGGUUGGCUGCAACACUGUUUGGCUUUGAUCCUUAAGAAGAGCUUGCUGACAAAUAUAUAGAGAUUUUUAGGCUGUAUUUUCUUUUUUUAUAAAUAUAUAAAUAUACUUAGCUUUA